AUGCGUGCAGCUAGAUACUACGGCAAAGAAGAUAUAAGAGUAGAGGAGGUAGAGGAGCCAGCUGUCAAAGACGGCUGGAUUAAGAUCAAACCUGCAUUCGUUGGAAUUUGCGGCACCGACUUGCACGAAUAUCUAGGCGGACCAAACUUCGCUCCUGUAAAUCCACACCCAGUCACAAAAGAGACUCUCCCCGUAACCUUCGGCCACGAAUUCUCUGGCACCAUCACAUCUCUCGGAUCCGGCGUUACUGAAUUCAAGGUUGGCCAGAAGGUCUCAAUUCAAGCCACCAUCUACGACACCACCUGUUUUGCCUGCCACGACGGCCUUGAAAAUGUCUGCUAUAACGGCGGUUUUGUAGGACUCAGUGGAUGGGGUGGGGGUCUCUCGGACGCCGUCUGCGUGCCAGCGAACUAUGUCCUUCCUCUCCCAGAAAACAUCCCACUCGAUAUCGCAGCCCUGGUCGAGCCCCUAGCAGUCGGCUGGCACGCUGUGUCUCGUUCUCCCUUGAAGAACGACUCGACUGUCCUAAUCCUCGGUGGAGGUCCUAUUGGCAUUGCAGUCAUUAAAGCACUGAGAGCCCGUGGAUGUGGAAAGAUCAUCGUUUCCGAAAUCUCAGGCUCGAGACAGAAAUUCAGCUUGCACUUCGGUGCCGACGUUAUACUUGAUCCCAGGAAAGACGAUGUGGUUGCAAGAGCGAAAGAGGAGACGGGCGGCGAAGGAGUGGAUAUUGUUUUCGACUGUGCUGGCGUUGCGAGUGGGUUGAAGAGCGCUUGUCAGAGCAUCAAGCCUAGGGGUACCGUGGUAAAUGUUGCUAUUUGGGAGAGGGAAGUUCCGUUUCAACCGAAUGAUUUGGUUUUCAAGGAGGGAAACUAUGUGACUUCUAUGGGAUACGUACAGCAGGAUUUCAAGGAUGUCAUUCAGGCUAUCGGAUCAGGGGUUAUGAAACCUGGAGAUAUGAUUACUUCCAAGAUCGCCCUCGAAGAUGUCGUCAAAAGCGGAUUCAUGGAGUUGAUUCAUAAUAAGGAGAAUCACGUCAAAAUCCUCGUUCAAAUAUAG